GACGUCACUGCCUGAGAGUAAGAUGGCAGGGUUCUGUCAAUAAACGCUCGACCGGAACCGCCGCUAUUGAGUUCUGAUAACCGAAUAAACCGACAGAUACACGCCUCGAACCGCUCCAUCCGCCCGGAGCCGCGCUGAGGAUGGACGGAGUGGAGUUCAUGGACAAUAUGGACCCGACCUUAGCCGAACUGGGCAAUGAGUUUACACUGGGAGACUUCGAUGAGAUGCUGCAGUUCGUCAGUAAUCAAGUGGAUUUCCCAGAUCUGUUUGAGGAUCAGAUUGGGGGUGGAACUGUAGCCCCUGUACGGCCCCCUCAACAGAUGGCCCCCAUUGCCAUACUGACCCCCCCUCACACACCUGUACAGACCUGCAGUCAGAUGCAAACCCGCACGCCACCACUAUUGCAGCCCAGACCACAGCCAAUCACACAGGUGCAGACGUUUCCUGUGCAGACACUGGCUGUGCAGACGCAGGCGCAGCCGCAGACAGUGAUGAUUACUCCCACUGCUGCGCAGUCCCGAUUCAUCCAGAACCCUAUGAUCUGCCAGCAGAACCACAACACGAGCUUCCAGGUGCUCCAACCACAGAUGCAGAGCAUUAUGACAUCAUCGCAGGUUCAGCCAAUGACGAUCCAGCAUCAGCGUGUGUUGACUCAAGCUGGGCAGACGAUACAGACUCUCUCGACAGCGCCAGCUGCUGUUCAUACAAUGUCACAGCAAGUGCCUGUGUUGGUGCAUCAACCUCAGAUCUUGAAGACGGACUCUCUGGUUCUGACGACACUGAAGCCGGACGGGACUCAAGUUCUCUCUACCGUACAGAACCCGACCGGCAUCACCACUCUGACCACACCCAUCCAGACCACCGCACUGCAGACGUUGAUGGGCAGCAACAUUCUCACCACUGUUCCGGUCAUGAUGGGAGGAGGAGACAAACUGCCAAUUAAUCAGCUGACAUUGGGCACCACCCACAGUGGGGGCGGGGCCAGGAUGUCUGUGGAUCAGGGCAUGGCUGUUACCAUGGGAACAGGAGUCGUCGUGAAAGAGGGCGAGAGACGAACGACACACAACGUCAUCGAGAAACGCUAUCGCUCGUCCAUCAAUGACAAAAUUCUGGAGCUCCGCGACCUCGUCAUGGGCAGCGACGCCAAGAUGCACAAGUCUGGCAUUCUGCGUAAAGCCAUCGACUACAUCAAGUACCUGCAGCAGGUUAAUCGUAAACUCCGUCAGGAGAACCUCACGCUGAAGAUGGCCAAUCACAAGAACAAGUCGGUGUGUAUUUCUGAUGAUGUGGAUCUGAAGCCAGAGGUCUCGUUUAUUUCUCCUCCUCCAUCUGAUUCGGGCUCCAUUUCUCCUCCUCAACUCUCGCCCUUCUGCAUCGACUCAGAACCAGGAAGUCCUCUGACGGAGCACGAGCAGAUGAAGAGUGAACCGGACUCGCCGGCGUCUGUUGGCGUGAUGGAUCGCUCUCGUCUGCUGCUGUGCGCGCUCACGUUCCUCUGUCUGUCUCUCAAUCCUCUGCCGUCUCUGUUGGGUUCGGAGAGGACGAGUCUGUCCGCCACUCACGGAGCCUCACGCUCGCUCUUCUCUCUGCCCGACCAGACGCAGAACUUCGCGGCGUGGCUGUGGUGUGUGUUGCCGUGGUUUCUGGUGUGGGUUCUGAGCAGAGUGGGCGUGGUUUGGGGGUGUGUCCGGGUUCUGUACCUGUGGGAGCCGGUGACGCCCCUCCACUCGCCCACAUCAGUGCGUUUCUGGAGACACCGCAAACAGGCCGACCUGCAGCUCUACAGGGGUGAUUAUGCGGCGGCGGUCUCGAGUCUGGAGAUGUGUCUGUCCAUGUUGUCCAGAGUUCUGCCCUCCACCACCCUCGACAUCAUCUGCUCGCUCUCCUGGAAUCUGAUUCGAUACUGCCUGCGUAAACCCGCCCCUCUGGGCUGGCUGGUGCGUCUGUUUGGUGGGAAGCAUGGGGAAGAGUCACAGACGAGUGCGCGGGAUGCGGCAUUGGUGUAUCAUAAACUCAACCAGCUGCAGCUCACAGGUAAACUGGAGCGCAGUCCCCUCUGGACUGUGUGUGUGUCUCUGAGUGCAGUGAAUCUGUCUGAGAGCGCCGAGGGAAAGAUUUCAGUCAGUCAGCAGAUUCAGAUCUAUGUGACGGCUGCCAUCAGUCUGAGAUCAGCACUGGGGAAACAUCUCACCUGUCUGCCCGGUUAUUUAUUGAGCUGUGCCGAGAGUUUGAGCUGUCAAUCAGACUAUAAGCCCCUCCCAGACUGUCUGCGCUGGAUCUUCACACCAUUGGGCCGUCAGUUCUUCCUGAGCUGUGAUUGGUCAGUGAGGUCAGAGAGCAGUGAGCAGAUUUUCACCUGUCCGAGAGAUGAAGCGGAUCCAAUAGCACAACUGCACCGCUGCUUCUGUGAGAAACUUCUAGAAAGAGCUGUUCACACACUGAUAGAGCCACAGAGCGGCAAACACACUGAGGAUACUGGGGAGUUCACGGGUGUUCUGGAGUUUCUCCAGUUGUUGAACAGCUGCACUGAAGACUCCGCCUCCACGACCGCCCCCUUCCCUGCGCUGGCCAAUCAGAACACGACACCAGUGAGGGAUCCUGUGUGUCGCUGGUGGGCAUCAGUGCUGAAGGCCGCUGUUCAUUGGCUGCAGGGUGAUGAUGUGACUGUGAGAUCACUGCUGGUGGAGGUGGAGCGAAUGCCCAGAGCUCUUCACACGCUGGAUCACCCGCUGCCGAAGGCCGUCCUGGCGCUGUGUAAGGCGGUUCAGAUGAGUGUGUGUCCUCAGAAGGGAGAGGGAGUGUUGAACUGUCUCACACACUGUCAGAGAGCCAGCGCACAUCUACACAUCAGUGUGUGUCAGUCGCACAACACCUGGCUACACAAGGGGGUGGAGCUUCUGGUCUGUGACCUCCUCCUGACUCUGAGAACCAGCCUAUGGCAGCGUGGAGGUGGCUCUAAUGGAGAGCCUGGCCCCGCCUCUGGAUCCCAAUUGGCUGGAUUCCAAAGGGACUUGAGCUCUUUGCGGAAGCUCGGACAAGCCCACAGACAGGCCCAGCACAAGUUGUUCCUGCAUGAAACGACAGUCCGACUGAUGGCAGGAGCGAGUCCGACACGCACACACCAACUACUGCGACACAGAACGCACAACUACACAACAGCAGCAGAUGGCGACAGCAUCCCGGGCCAGCGCGAGAGAGCUCAUGCCAUCCUGCUGGCGUGUCGUCACCUGCCGCUGCCUUUACUCACCCCGCCGGGUCACCGCGCCCGCCUGCUGGCUGAAGCCAAACGCACGCUGGAGAGAGUCGGCGACCGUCGCUCACUGCAAGACUGUCAACAGAUACUGCUGCGUCUGGGAGGAGGGACCACCAUCGCCGCUUCAUAACAAACACACACACACACACACACACACACACACGUCUGACCUAUGAUGAUCUCAUGAAGAACAAGUCCAGAUCAUAUUUCAUCCCAAAAGCUAAAGAAAUAAGAAAUUAUAUUUUAAACAAAAAAAAAUUAUUCAUUUUUUUAUGAAUUUACUAUUACUAAAGUUAUAAUAAAGUAGUAGUGUUCCAGUGUCAGAAAUUAAUAUUUAAUUAAGGGGCAAUAUUUGCCCCCUGGAUUUGAUAUUCCUUUUACCCUUUAAUAAGGGCAUUGCUUACCUCUUAAUAAGGGCAUUCAUUGCUUGCCCUUUAAUAGGGGUAUUUUUUUAUUCUAAAUAAAAAUAAAAACUUUAAAUUUUUUACGCAAAUUCUCAAGAUUGAGAAGUUAUUACAUCUUAUCCUAAAAAUAAAAUCAUCAUCAACUUAUUACAUAUAACUAGGUCUAAAAUAGAAUAUAAAGAACUAAAUCAGAUGUUACAAAUUUGGCACCAAAAUGUUGAUUUUUGGAGGCAUUUUUUGCACUGAGGCCCGUUAAUAUUUUUACCCUGAGGUGUCCAAACUUUGUAUAAACAUUACAGUAAUGAGAAUUUUGGGGAAUAUGCUUAUUAGUCAUAAACAUAAUUUCACAAUGCAAAAAACUGCUGUUAAUAGAGUUUAUUUUCUUGAAGCAAAAUAUAAUUAAUUGGGGGUGAAAUAUGAGCUGUUCAUGUUCUUGACCGGUUUCAUGAGAUUCAGUCAUGUAUAUGUUUAUGACGAUAAACCGCAUAUAAUAGAGCAGAACACACAGAUCUGGAUCAGCUGUAUGUUAGUGAUGAUGAUAUUAGAUUCACUCUUUAUACACACAUGCAAUUCAGAAACACCUAGUAAAUAAACAGCACAUGUCUCUGCUGCUACCUCACACACACACACACACACACACACACACACAUUGUACAGAACGUUUUAGACCAAAGUCUUAUAGAGUUUAGUGAGACGUAUAUACUGUAAUUAUUGUGCAUCACAUGAUGAGUUUACUGCUCAUGUGUCAGUUUCUGAAGUGUUUUGUUUAUUGUGUAGUAUUUUGUCUUUAUUAUUUUAUAUAUUUGGGAACAUCAUCAGGACGUUUGUCAUGAAUGAUGUGAAGGACACACAGUAUGGAUAAACUCUGAUGGAAAGAAUCAGGUUUUUAAUGGGGAAAAACAUAAAAAUAAGCUUGUGUAUAUUGUUUGCCAUUUGUAAUAAUUUAAAGUAUUAAAGCUUGUGUUUGGAGUUAAUGUUUGGAACUGGAUUUAACUUUCUACAGUCACAUUUACUUGUUUCUGCUUUCACUGUUUUGUUCACUUGUUUUAUUUCUAUGACUUUGAUUUGUUUUCUAAUAAAACUGUUCAUUGAAGAACCAGCACGACUCGGUUCAGUCCA